AUGGCUGCCGUUGCUGCAGCCCCCGUCAAUGGGGUCAUCCCCAAUGGCGAGUCUGCCCCCGAUGGUGCCAACGAUCGCUUCGAACUCAUCUCCGGCCCUUUGAUCAAUCUAAAGAACAUGAACUUCCAGCCCUCGCCCGUUUGGCACGGAAGUGUGUUGAUUGUCACCAAGCCCGGCCAGGACCAGCCUCAGCUGGCCAUCCGUCAGCUCGGCCCCGUCGCGUCUCAGGAACAGCCCCAGUCCCAAUACAUUCAGACCGUCGACGGUCUCAAGCUCUACCAGGACCCCCACAAGACUUUCUGGCGUUUCACCCUGGCCGUACCGGUCGAGUCGUACGAGGCGCGCUGGGAAUAUGACAUCCCCGGUCUGUUCGAGCCCGGCGAGCAACCCAAGGGUCCUUGGCAGUUUGUGGUCCCUGCUGAGGACCAGUCCAUGCGCAUCAUGUUCCACUCCUGCAAUGGGUUUUCCGUGGGUACUGACAUGGAAGCCUGGCUCGGUCCGAACCUGUGGAAUGAUGUCCUGCGUAUCCACGGCGAGAGACCUUUCCACGUUAUGGUUGGUGGUGGCGAUCAGAUCUACAACGACGGAGUUCGUGUGGAUGGUCCCUUGAAGCCGUGGACUUCCAUCGCCAACCCGCACAAGCGUCGCACGCACGACUUCAACAACGAGAUGCGCGCCGACUGCGAUGAAUACUAUUACGCCAACUACGUCCGCUGGUAUAACACCGAGCCUUUCCGCGCUGCCAAUGGCCGCAUUCCGCAGGUUAACAUCUGGGAUGAUCACGAUAUCAUUGAUGGUUUCGGCUCCUACACCGAUCACUUCAUGAAGUGCGCCGUGUUCCGCGGGAUUGGCGGUGUCGCUUUCAAGUACUACUGUCUGUUCCAGCACCACAUUGCUCCACCCAAGUCGACAUUCACCACCGAUGCGCCUCAGACUAUGCACGCGGUGAAUGGUACCUCUGGUGUGGACGAGCGCCAGGUUGAAAACGUCUACGUACUCGAUCCCCAGAUCCAGGAGGAUAGCUGGAUUAUUGGCAAGCGUCCGGGGCCUUACGUGGAAGAAUGCAGCCGUAGUCUGUACAUGCGAUUCGGAAAGCGCAUUGCCUUUGUGGGUCUGGAUGCUCGUACGGAGCGUACUCGGCACCAGGUCAAUUACCUCGACACUUACGACAUUAUCUUCGACCGUCUGAAGAACGAAAUUGAGGCUGCCAAUGGCGAUAUCAAGCACCUGGUGGUCCUGCUGGGUGUUCCGAUCGCGUACCCGCGUCUGGCGUGGCUCGAGAACAUCCUCACCUCGCCCGUCAUUGCCCCGAUCCGUCUCCUCAACAAGCGUUUCGGUGUGGCGGGUGGCCUGUUCAACGAGUUUGACGGUAAUGUUGAUUUGUUGGAUGAUUUGGACGACCACUACACUGCUCAUCAGCACAAGAAAGAGCGUAAGAUGCUCAUCCAGCGCCUGCAGGAACUUGCUCGGGCCCACUCGGUACGCGUAACCAUUUUGGGGGGUGAUGUCCACCUGGCGGCAGUGGGACGCUUCUACUCGAAGCCCAAGCUGAACCUGUCCGGAGAGAACGACCACCGGUUUAUGGUCAACGUGAUCAGCAGCGCCAUCACCAACAAGCCCCCUCCCAAGACCGUCGCCAAUCUGCUGGCGCGCCGCAACAAGAUCCACCGUCUGGAUAGCGACUGCGACGAGACUCUCAUGCCGUUCUUCGAUAAGCAGCCCGGCGGUAUCGAGAAGGGUGCCACGUGGAACAAGGUCACCAUGCCCUCGCGCAACUUCGCCUGUCUCACGGAGGUCGUCGCUCCGGCUACCACCGAUGCUCCCGGCGGCGGAUCGGCCAAGCUCGAGCAUCUGCCCAAGAACGGCCAUGCGCCGCUUCACAAGGGCGAGGUCCACGCCGGCACCACCCACUCCGCGGCAGAUGGUUUCAGCGGUAACAGUGGCAUGUACGGCGGCCUGGACGUUGCCAUUCGCGUUGAGAUCAACCCCCACGACACCAAGGGGACCACCGAGGGCUACGGCUUCAGCAGUAAGCGUAACACUUCAAAUUUUUGCGAAACCUGUUCUAACCGGCAACUAGUUCCCCUUCUGAUGGCUACCGAACCGGCUCCUGCUGCAUCCUCUCGUAUAAGCCUGCGCUCGCGUCCCUCGCGUCAGAACGUGAAGCGCUCCAGCGCGGAGAACGUAGGUCGUCCGUCGACAGCCGCCUAA